CGGGCACUGUGCUGCUGCUGGCGCGCGAUUGCCUCCACCACGUCUACUUAAAUCCCUUGGGAUGAUCUAGUUAAGCCAGUUAGUGUUGCCGCGGUGCGGUGCAAGUUACACCAUUGUUACAACUUACUACUCUAUUAUUAUUAUACUGUACAACUGACUGACGAAUUGUUUGUAUUUUAAUAGAAUACGAUAACUUGUUUUUGCGUGUAUACCACUCUAAAUACCCACAUCGUCUCGGAUACACGAAAAGAAGAAUCAUCACAGAAGGCUACAACAUCCGUACUAGCAACUACCAGUCGAUCAGUCCAAUAUCAAGUGUGCUCUAUACGUUUGAGGACACGGGAAUUUAACUUACACAACACAUUUUAAGUUUCUUUUUGCCAUGAGAUGCUUUAAAUUCUUAACCUGCACGCUGCUGAUAAUUCUGUACAAAAACAAUGCCGUAUCAGGGAAAGGCAUAUUAUACCCAAAACAGUCAGAAACGAGGGAAACUAUGUCUCUGGAUGGUUUGUGGAAUUUUCUAGUUUCGCCCAUAACUGACCCACUUGUGGGCUUCAGAGAAACGUGGUACAGAGACGACCUGGUUAAUAUAAAUUCUGACACCCAAUUAAUGCCUGUCCCCUCUAGUUACAAUGACAUCACCGAAGAUGGUCAUUUAAGAGACCAUGUCGGUCUUGUAUGGUACGAUAGAACCUUUUUCGUACCCUCUUCAUGGGGUAUAGACAAGAGAGUUUGGCUACGAUUUUCUUCAGUGUCAUAUGCAGCUCAAGUGUGGAUCAACGGAGACUUAGUUAUGAAUCAUGAAAUCGGCCACCUACCGUUCCAGAAAGAGGUGACGUCGCUAUUGAACUAUGGAGGCGUUAAUAGGGUGACGGUUGCAUGCGAUAACACCCUGCUACAGGAUACUGUACCCCAGGGGAUCGUCUCGGAAGCGGACACAGAUCGUGGUAAGAAGUUGGUCCAGUCCUACACGUUCGAUUUCUUUAAUUACGGUGGGAUACAUCGUCCCGUGACACUCUAUACCACGCCGAUCGAUUACCUUGACGAUAUAACUGUUCACACGGACAUAGAAGGUGGCACAGGCAUCAUCAAAUGCGACCUGACGUUUGUGACUGAAGUACAAAAUUCGACGACGUGCGUUUUGAAGUUGUUAGACAAUGAAGGCUACGAAGUGGCCUACGGGGUUUGUAAUGAUUCUAACUAUUCAACAAGCGUGGAAUUAACUGUGCCAGGAGCUCGACUAUGGUGGCCAUACUUAAUGAAUCCUCGUCCAGGAUAUUUAUACACGCUUCAGGUUGAAUUAAAAUCAGCGGAAGGAGACACCCUAGACGUUUAUCGGUUACCUGUUGGUAUAAGGACUUUAAAAUGGACUAAUUCGUCGUUUUUUAUUAAUAAUCGUCCGGUAUAUUUGCAUGGCUUUGGCCGUCACGAGGACUCGGACAUAAGGGGCAAGGGUUUGGAUCUGCCUUUGGUUAUGAAGGAUUACAAUCUAAUUAAAUGGAUAGGCGCUAAUGCGUACAGGACGUCCCACUAUCCGUACGCUGACGAAAUCAUGGAUCUGGCUGAUCAGAUGGGAAUAAUGAUCAUUGACGAAUGUCCCAGCGUUGACACCGAUGCCUUUUCAUUCCUCCUGUUAGAAAAACACAAGGAUUCAUUAACAGAACUGAUAAGAAGGGACAAAAAUCGUCCAAGUGUUAUUGCCUGGUCGAUUGCCAACGAGCCGAGAACUCAAACACAAGCAGCCGAUGAAUAUUUCGGGGCUGUAGCGAGACAUGUAAGAAAUCUGGAUAGAUCCAGACCAAUUACGAUGUCGAUAGCGAGAUGGGUUGAGGAAGAUAGGGCAGGAAAACAUGUGGAUAUUAUUAGCUUUAACCGUUACAAUGCGUGGUACCAGAACACUGGUAAACUGGACAUGAUUACCAAUAAGGUAAUAGCUGAAGCAAGAUCGUGGCACGCUAAGUAUAAUAAACCAGUAUUAAUGUCAGAAUACGGGGCAGACACCCAAGAAGGACUACAUUUGCAACCUGGUUAUGUAUGGUCGGAAGAAUUUCAAGUAGAAUUGAUGUCAAGACACUUCAAAGCGUUUGAUGCUCUUAGGAAGGAGGGGUGGUUUAUAGGUGAAUUUAUUUGGAAUUUUGCAGACUUCAAGACAGCCCAAGUCUACACAAGGGUAGGAGGCAAUAAGAAAGGAAUUUUUACAAGAAACCGUCAGCCUAAAGCAGCAGCUCACCAUCUGAGGAAAAGGUACUGGGCCCUAUCCCAGGAACUUCACAAUGGUACCAUACCCAAUGAUUUACACAGCUACGUCGCUCCCACUGCCAAUAAAAUCAUUCAUAAUGAACUGUGAUAUUUUACACCCGUAUACUCGUUUAAUAAUAUAAUUUACCUACUGUUUAGCAAUAAUGAAGAAGACCAAAUAAAUAAAUAAUUUUUAUAAA